UGUUCAAUGUUACCUUUAUUACUCCAUGCAGCAGCCUCCUGCUAGCAUUACAUCCGAUGUUGCACUGCUGAAAGUUAGCCAACUAAAACAUUUAAGAAAGUUAGAUAACGUAGCUAGCUAACGGUAAUUAGCUAACAAGCUGGCUAACGUUAAUUUCACAACAUUAGUUAGUACUUAACAGGAUAAAGUUGUCAAAAUAAAUACAUUUUAAAAGUAACAUAAAAGCCAAUAUUGCAGUUAAUAUAUAUCUAUCCAAAUUACUGUAACGCGUUAGCAGACCUGUGUUUGACCAAGGACGAUGUCUGUGCCUUUUUCAAACACUCACCUUCGGGUUCCACGUGGGUUUGGCAAUAUCUUGGAGGGGUUGGCUCGAGAGGUCCUGCGAGACCAGCCCAAGGACAUCCCCACCUUUGCUGCCCUUUACUUCACGGCUCUUCUCAAAGAGAGAGAAGACAGUGGCUUGGACCCCGCAGAGUGGUGUGCCAGGCUUGAGGACAGAUUCUACAACAAUCAUGCAUUCAAGAACUCACCGAAUCAAGUCGACACCAGUCCAGUUGAUGCAACUCUGAAGAUUUCUAAGAACAAGGAUGAGCUGACUGAAUCUCAAACAGAAGAGGAAACUGAUAAUAUUGAGCCAGUUGGGAUUCCAUCUCCCACAAACUCAAACCUUGAUGUCUGUGAAGAUGUGCAGGGAACUGAAAGUCAAGGAAAAGAUGAAAUGGUUAAUGUCACAGAUAAAGAUGUGAUUUCAAUGCAAAUAUAUCCCUCAGAGGUAUCAGAUAAUAAACUCACAGAUAUGGAUGUUAACAUGACAGGCAAAGAGAUGAAUGAAAGAGCUGACAAAGUGGUAUGCCUCUCUGAAUUUGAGCCCAGUGAGGAAAUCUCACUCGGUGGGCUUUCAAAUGUGGAUGUAUGUGCUGAAGAACUGAGGAAGACUGAAGAGGGAGAAGAACUCACUUCUCAGGAAAUCAGCACUGGUGAUGAUGCCAUUCUUGGAAGCUCAUAUGAAAUGAACCGCAGUAGUGAAUUUGAACUUACUCAGGAAGUCUCAUUCACUGGACUGUUCAAUAUAGAUGUAUGUGCUGAAGAACUAAGAGGGACAAUAGAGAGAGAGGAACAAGCCACUGCAGAGGAUGGCCUCAGUGAAGGCUUCAAAGAUCAAGAUCUUGCUGAUGCUCAGGAGAGUUCAAUAUCACUCAUGGUUGAAAUCAGUGGACGAUUAUCACCACCCCAAACUGAAUCCCCUGAACCUAUUCUACAGGAAACAACUGACAAUUCAGGGGGUGUUCCAGAAGAGGAAGGAAUAGAAAAUCUAAUUGUUUCCACAACAUAUACUGGGCAAACGCAUGAAGUUGCAUCCUCCAUUGAUGAUGCCUCCAGAAUCUUGUCAGAUAAUGAAAGUGUUUUAGGUGAUGAUGAAAAACAAAAGGAGGAAAGUAUUGUUCAGAUCAGCACUGAGGAGGUACCUAAAACCCUUAAGGUCAAAAUGUAUGAACAGCAGCCAGAGGAGGAAGGUUCGGUCGAGGCUUCACAAACUGAGGCAGAACGACCAGAUGUUGUGUCGGAGGAUGCUGAGGAAGAAACGGACCUUGUUGGACAUGAUACUCAAGACUCUGUUGAACCAAACACUAACAUCGAAGGGGAAGUGGAGGCAGUCACUGCUGAGGCUGAAGCUCAGAUAAAGGCAAUGGAGCAUGAGGCUUCUGAUAUAGAAGUGGAACAAGAUUACAAAUCUGAUUCAAGUGACGAAGAUGGGGAGAAACUGAGUAAGGUGAACGUCCGCAUUUCUAAUCAGCAGGCCUCUCAAAUAGAGCAGAAACAAGAGGAUGAACCUGAUCAUGAGAACAAAGAUCUAAGUAAGAAGUAA